AUGCCCCCUGAAAAAAUAAAAAACAACAACAAGAGUUUCUCUGUCAGAGGCGACGAAGACCCCUUUCCCUCCGAUUGCGCGAUCAUGCUUGAGCCUGUGCUUGUGGCAAUCUCUUGUCGCUCCCACCUGGGAGAUGAAGUUUCCUCGCUUUGGAUGAUUUGUCGGUUUUGUCGCUCGCUGCCGAGGCUACCUAAGGUGAUUUAGAGGCUGCAGCAGCAGCAGCAGCAGCAGCAGCAGCAGUAGCGGAGGAUCCAGCUGUGUUUACUGGACGGUACACAUCUGCCGCUGUCGCUGUCCAUGGUGCUGAAUCCGGGCUCCAGGAAUGGUGGAGACACUGAGUAUCGCAGUGAUCGGUGCUCCCGGAGUGGGCAAAACUUCUAUAAUCCGCCAGUUCAUCUAUAACGAUUUCUCGGAGGCGUACACGCCGACCAGGAGCAGAUAUGUAUACAGACCUUCGGUCAUUCUGAACGGGAACAUGUAUGAGUUAAAGGUUUUGGACGUCCCGCCAAUCUCCUCCUUCCCAGCAAGUGCCAGUCAGGAAUGGCUGGAUCUGCGCUGCAGAGGCGUCCGCAACGCCAACGCUUACAUCCUGGUGUAUGACAUCUGUUGUGUGGAGAGCUUUGAAUACGUGAAAAUGAUCAGACAGCAGAUAGUGGAGAACAGGGAAGGCAGCAGCAGCGAGGUGCCAAUCCUAGUGGUGGGUAACAAGCGGGAUCUGCAGAGGCAGCGCUUCAUGCCCCGCAGGGCCGUGUCCGUCCUGGUGAAGAAGACGUGGAAGUGUGGCUACGUGGAGUGCUCUGCCAAGUUUAACUGGCAUGUGGUCCUGCUCUUCAAGGAGCUGCUGGGCAUCGCCGUGGCACGGGGCAUGCGCCAGAACCAUACUUCCACCCGUCUGCAGGGGGCGCUACAGAGGAAUCGGUGCACAGUCAUGUGACCCCUAGAGCUUCCUCCACCCCUUCUCAUGUCUGUGGUGUAGCAGACCCUGGAGAAAAGGACUCUUUAUCGUAAUGGCUGGAAAAAUACCCCGUGGCCUCCUGCUUAACUGAGCUGAUUUUUCAUGAGGUUUAUUUGACUCUGCGCUGUAACGGACUCUGAAAUUUCACACAUGCUCAUCUAACCACUUCCUAGUCUAAUCCUGUGUAGAAAGGAGGAAGCCGAUAGAAGCAACAGCAACUUGAGAUCCAACAGAGUUAUGUUUUCACACAUCAGCCUGAAGGCUAAACAUUUCAGGCCGGGUCUCCGAAUGUAACACGACUCAUACAUCAGGUCUGUAACUGGGCCGGACAGCAUGAAAGCUGUGUUUGUAAGACUCAAAACCAGAGAGCAGCAAUAUUAUUGAGUCUUCCUUUUGGAUUUGUCAUAUUCAGGAUGAUGAAAAGGCGCAAGCACAGAUAUGACACAUUAGGAUUUACUUUGAGAUGCAGGCCAAUAAUGCACAAUAGAAGAUGACAAAGAUAAAGAAAAAACAACGGUGCACUGAAUACGAUCAAUAAGAUUAUUUGUUUCGGUGAUUUAAUUCAAGACGGAAAACUCAUCUAUCACAAAGACUGAUAUAUUUCAAGCGUCUAUUUUCUUCAAAUUGGAGGAUUAUGGAUCCCUGUGAAUGGAAAUGCACAAUUUAGUUUUUAAGAAAGUUUGAAUAUUACACAAGACUGAUUGAAAAAAAUGUUUAAUGCAGAUAUGUCAAUCUAAUGAAAAAUAUGCCCUAUAUUAUAUAGUACUGGCAUUCAGUGCUUAGUUGGGGUUCUUUUUGCAUAAAUUACAGUAUAAAUGUCACACGGCAUCAAGGUUACCAGCAUGUGGUUUUGCUAAGGUGUUGAGGAAGUCCAUGUUGCUUUAAUAGUAACCUUUAGCUUGUCUGCAUUGUUGGGUCUUGUGUCUCUUAUCUUUUUGUCAACAAUACUCAGACGUUUCUCUUUGGAGUUUAGGUCGGUCACAUUUUGAUUAUUUAAGCAGGUAUUGGUACUUUCAGCAGUGAUACCAAUGCCAAAUCCUGCGGAAAAAUUUUAUUUUCUCCAUAAAGCAUGUCAGAAUUGACUUUGGAUUUAAGUAAACACAGUGGACCAACCCCAGCAGAUGACAUGGCACCCCAUAAUAAUAACUCCCUCUGGGAACUUCACACUGAACUUCAAGCCACUUGGAUUCUUUGCCUCUCAACUCUUCCUCCAGAAUCUGGAACCUAAAUUUUUGAAUGAAUUUCAAAAUCUACCCUCCUCUAAACAGAGGACUUUGGAUCAGUGAGCAACAGUCUGGUCCUCUUUCUACUUAUACCAGACAGGAUGCUUCUGUCAGGAGUGGGCUUAUAUGUUUUUCUUCUUUUGGACACGUGAUACAAGAGUCUUAGUUCAUGUACUGAGUACCUGCAUAUAUGACUGGAGACUCUUGAAGUAUUAACUUCAACUGCAGUCUACAUCUUGUGAAUCUUUCCCGAACUCUAGAAUGGCCUUCACUUUACAAUCUUGUCAAGACUGUGUGGAGAAUUUAUCCAUUCUCCACGCUAAGUUCUUGAUGUAUGAGGCUGAAGAAGACUCAGUGAGUUGAAUUCAUGAAUUCUAUUUAUUAAUACCAAACUACAGCUGGUCCAUUUUUCAUGCUACCUUUAGGAGUUAGCAGGACAAAAUGGCAACAAGUAACAGUUGGUAACUUCCUUUGUUAGCCUCUAAGCUACGCCCUAAAGAGGGCGUUCCCUAGUGUGUCACAUCCUCCUCCCUUAACUUUGAAGGCGUUUCCUAACACGUCAUUCCCUUUAACUUUAGCUUUGGAGCUAGUUAAAAGAGACAAAAGAAAAACACAGAAUUACUAAUUCUCAACAGCUGAAAGAUAUUUAUUUUGCUUGUGCACCGUUCCCAGAUACGCUUUUUUAUGACACUCAACUUUCAAUUAAAUGCUUGGAUGCAGCGUUCUACGAACAGCCAACCUUUAUGGCUUACUUUCCAGUUACUGUUUGUUGAACAACAAUCACGACCACACCAAAACAUUUCUGUAUUAGAAAAUAAAUUUUUAUUGCUGUUUAGUUCAUUUUUUUGAGAAGCAGAAGUUUAGAUUUUUAUUUGAUGUAAACUAUAAUCAUCCAAAUUGACCAAACUAAAUGCUUGAAAUAUAUCAUACAAAAUUCAGUGAAUCUAUGUAACGUACAAAUUCUACGGCUUUAAUUGAAUUGCUGCAAUAAAUUAAAUCUUAUAGAAAGGUUUUCUUAAAAUGUACAUAGAUAUGAUUAGAUGAUAUUUUAUUUUAGGUCUGAUGAAUUAGCCUGCAAUAGACAUUCUUUCCCUGACUCUGUUACUGAUUAGGGUAAAGGUUGUUCGUCCCAACCAAGGGUGUUUUAAGGUUGUCUUGCAGCUGAAAAUACUGCAGUCCCUUAUUAUGAUAAACUCUGCGGCUUUACACUACCAUCUGCCCUCACUCAGACUUUGUUUCUGCAAAGUGUAUUCAAACUAGGGACAUUGGGACAUGCAGGAGCAUAAAAUAAGAACCUGUGCUAGCAUUGUGUAUGUGUGUAUGCUUAAUGUACUUUAAUUGUGGCCCCUGACAGAUUUGCGGGAACUAAAAUUCUGGACCUCAGUGGACGUUGGCAUCCCCAUGAUGGUAGGUGUUAAAGUGUAUGCAGGUAUCUAUGUGUGAAGGAGAGGGCAAGCCAAGGCAAAGGGAGGCGGUUUGAUAACUGACUUUCAGGCAGGUAAGGGACAAACACAGCAGGAUAGGGAAACAGAUGUUGAUACUUUGGAUUAGAAUGGAGCAAUAAACCCCUGCAGCGAUGCCCUCAACCGACUACACAUCAAUAUAUUGUAUUGAAAAUGCCUCUUGCAGUCGCUGUAAUCCAUGUGCAAUGCACUGUUGCAUCCUAUAAAAUUGCAUAAACACAGCUCAGUGGCUCCUACAUGAACCAUCCAGGAUGCAAAUGGAUCAUUACUAAAGCUUUAACAUCACUAUUGGAAUAGCGUCAAAGUGGCGAUGUUGUGAGCAACUCUUAUUUCUUUUGACUAGAUCAAGGUAGGUACUUUGAGAA